GGGGGGGGGGAGGCGCGUUUCCCAGCAUGCAUCUCGAUUCAGUGCGGAGGAAAAUGAAUUCGGCCAUAUCGUGCUAAAUCCGGGCUGAGAGAAAACUACCAUCUACGUCGAACUACCAAAAAACACCAUCCAGUGCGAUAAAACCUUAACGCAAGGAAGAUCAGAGCAGUCGAGCAGCCGGAAGCAGUCGAAAGAUGAGCGGAGGGACGCCUUACAUCGGCAGCAAGAUCAGUCUGAUCUCAAAGGCCGAGAUCCGAUAUGAGGGAGUUUUAUACACCAUCGACACUGAGAACAGCACUGUAGCUCUGGCUAAAGUGAAGUCCUUUGGCACUGAGGACCGUCCCACGGACAGACCGAUCCCACCUCGAGAUGAUGUCUUUGAGUACAUCAUAUUCAGAGGAAGUGACAUCAAAGACCUGACGGUGUGCGAGCCGCCCAAACCCACCUGCAACCUUCCUCAGGAUCCCGCCAUCGUGCAGUCCUCUCUGGCAUCCAGCGCCGGCCCCACGGCUCCUUCCUUCCAGUCGUACGCCCCCUUCAGUCGGGCCCCGUACAACCAGUUCAGCUCCAGUCCGCUGGUACCCCAGCCGUUCGGAGCGGCGGUCGCGGGUGGAAGCAGCUCAGGUCCUGCGUUCGGUAGCGAGGCGAGCACUACUGCCCCUCUGUCCCUGAGCUCUGCUCUUCCCCCUCACUCUCGCACGCUGAGUGCUGCCAAGCCCGAAGGUCGUUCCAGCCCAUCUCUGGAGCCCUUGAGGAAGACCCCGACCCUGGAGCACGGGGUCCAGACGGCCCCGGUCCCUCCCCCUGCGGCUGCAACCAGUACAGUGAGUCAGAGGAGCCCCGGAGCGACCCGACCCGCUCUCAGCAGCCAGAAAUCUGCUGAAAACCAGGAACAGAAAGCUACAGCGUCUGAUGUUCAGAAGGUUCCUCGGCAAGAAUCGGACUCAAACAGGCCUGAUAGCAAAGACCCAAACAAACGGCAUUCUGGUGGCGGUGCUCCUCCAGUGAGAAGGGGGCGGGGCAGUGGUGGCGGAGGCGGCGGUCAGCGUGGGCGGGGCAGGUUUAACGGGCGUAGAGAUGGACCAAUGAAAUUUGAGAAAGACUUUGACUUUGAGAGUGCCAACGCCCAGUUCAACAAGGAGGAGAUCGACCGCGAGUUCCAAAACAAACUCAAGAUUAAAGAUGAGAAGAGUGAGAAACCGGAGAAGACUCUGAACGGGGAGGAGAAGACCGAUUCCGGUGUGGAGACCCAGAACAGUGAAGGCAACGCUGAUGAGGAGGAUCCACUGGGACCCAACUGUUACUAUGACAAAACCAAGUCCUUCUUCGACAACAUCUCCUGUGACGACUCCAGAAAGGAGAAAUCAGGAGGUGCUUUUGGAAGGGAGCGGAGGCAGACCUGGGCGGAGGAGAGGAGGAUGAACUCAGAGACGUUCGGUAUUCCUCUGCGUCACAAUCGUGGACGCGGGGGUUUCCGGGGCAGAGGUGGCGGCAUGGGCUUCCGUGGCGGUCGCGGGCGAGCGGCUAGCAGGGGCUCGUUCAUGCCCUCCCGCGGCGGCGGUGGAUUCAGGGGCGGGUUUAGAGGCGGCAGAGGAGGACGAGAGUUCUCUGACUUUGAGUACAGGAAGGAGAAUAAAGUGGCAGCGUAGUCCAACCUGAAGACCAGAUCAUCCCAACAGCCAAGAAUCUCCGAUCAUCACGUCUAGAUUAACGCUUUGGUUUCGACUCCUGACUAACGGGAACUGUCUCUCUCUGUUCAACACCAGCGCAGGCGACGCCUGCCUUCAGCUGGACACACAGCUUUGAGUUUAUUUUCUCCUUUCUUCCUUUUUUAGAAAAAGAAAAAAAAAAACAUUUGCUGUUUUUUGGAACCGUUUGAUCUGCAUUCGAUCCGUUCGGAGGGAAGAUGCCAUCCGUGGAAUGAUGAUGAUUACUAUUAUUAUUUGGUAUUUUUUCAUCAACCUUUAGUUCCUUUCGUAAUAAACAGGAAGGCAGGGGUUAAAGCAAAAAAAAAAUGCUGAGCCUGAACUUUUUUCCGGGGGCAGUGCGGGGGGCAGCACAUGACUGUGGCGACUUUAACAUUUGAAAGGAUACUAUGACAAAGCUAUUGCUUUCCUUAUUCACACUGGGUUUUUUUUUCAUGAAUAUAUGGUUGACCUGAAGAAUGAAAGCUAUAUAAUACACGUUGAAAUCAUGAGCUAUAUCACCGCUUAUCUAAUGACACUAUGGGUUUGACAAUACACUUAACUCACGAGAUGAGACAAAAUACAGAUACUUGGUUCACUAGAACGAGACAAUAUUUUAAAGAAAUUUUCAAUGACAAAA